AUGGUUGCACCAGAAAACAAAAACGGCGAUUCCAACAACAAGAAAUGUUGUCUCAUGGAUUAUGCUUUUGAGUACAUUUUCAAGAACGGAGGUGUUCGCAAGGAAGAGGAUUAUCCUUACUCUAUGGAAGAUGAAUCUGAAAUGGUGACUAUCAGUGGGCAACAAGAUGUACCGAGAAAUGAUGAGAAAAGUCUCUUGAAGGCGUUGGCUCAUCACCUCUCAGUUUCGCUAUUGAUUCUUUUGGGUGUCUUUGAUGGGAGAUGCAGUGUCAAUUUGGACCAUGGUAUUGCUGCAGUUGUGUAUGGAUCAAGCAAGGGUUCAGAUCAUUGUUAA